AUGACGUUACCUGUAUUUGCGAAGAAGGUGAAGAAAUUGGCAUCGUUCCAAUUGUUCAACCUCAAACUGUUGCUUAAUGGAGAAUCAAGUCGUGGAUUCAACAAAUUCAAAAAGCACUAUAAACUCAAAGGUGAACUUGGUCGUGGCGGUUUCGGUAUCGUCUAUCGAGCGGUACGCGUUGCGGACGAGUUACCCGUUGCCGUGAAGUUCAUCGAUCGACGAACUGUACGAGAAUGGGGCAAGAUCAACGACGAACAGGUCCCUAUGGAGAUUUGUAUGCUCGCGAAAUGCUCAAAAAUUAGAGGAGUGAUUCGUCUUAUCGACUGGUACAGUAUCCCCGAAGGAUAUCUGAUCGUCAUGGAACGUCCGUAUCCGUGUGUGGACAUGUUUGAUUUCAUUAAAGGACAACAAAAAUUGGAUGAAGAGAUGGCCCGGUUUCUGUUCCGACAAAUCGCGCAAACGCUACACGAAUGUUCGCAGAAACGUGUACUACAUCGAGAUUUAAAGGACGAAAAUGUUGUGAUCGAUUUGGUGACCGGCGACACGAAGCUUAUUGAUUUUGGUGCCGCCACCGUGCUGAAAAAAUCGCAUUACACGGAUUUCCAAGGCACUCGACUAUAUUGUCCACCGGAAUGGUUCCUGCAUUCGUUGUAUCUCGGCAAAGAAGCGGCCGUAUGGUCAUUGGGUGUACUUUUGUACAAUUCGUUGAAUGGACGUCUACCGUUCAAAAAUGAAAAGGAUAUUUGUACCGCUCAUCUGUUGGGACCGUUACCGUUCUACACUUCUGUAUCUGCUGAAGCGAAGGAUUUGAUCGCGUGUUGUUUGGCUUUUGAUCCAUUCUCACGAUGCUCGUUGGAAGAAAUCCUUAAACAUCCAUGGGUUACCAAAUCAACCGGCGACUGGCUGACUCUAAGUGCAGCGGCCGGGAAGAAUUUGCAGGAUAAACCAAAAGAGGAUGAACGAGAUCACAGUGAGGAGCUUGAGGAAAUCGUGGAGGAAGCGGAGAAGGUGGAAAAUGAUGACGAAGAGGAAAGAGAGGAGGAGAAUGACGAUAGUGUUUCAUCGUCAUCUACAGAAGGCGAAUCUGGUGUCGGCUCAUCCGCUUCUUCAUCAACAGCUAAAACGGCGCUUCAAAAUGUCUGCGGUACGGUAGCGAUGAUGGAUCGCCAUCCGUUGCAAUCAACGCGGCGUUUUGUUAAGCAUCAUCCCGAUGUGCAACCUGUGCCACCAGCACGUUUCUCGAAAACGUCGCUACUAGCCGCACCCUCAUCGGAUGAGAUUAAAGCGGUUGUUCAUGCGUCGAAGACGAAAUCCGUCUACCAUGGUACCGGUAACGUACUCCGACCGACACGAAGACGUGCGCCACCACCGAAUUCCGCCGUGCUCACCGCGUUACGUCGUGCAAUGAGCCGCGAUCGACAAAUACGUGCGUGA